AUGUUUCGACGCACUCCCCAGCUUGCCAGAGUAACAAGAACUUGCUCUUUUCAACGCUCACUGCCCGCUUCGAAUCGACAAUAUAGACGCGUAAAAUCCUUAUCUGGCUCAACAAGUGACGCUCGAGACGAGAGGCUCCUCAAAAAACUUGAAGCACAGCUGACGGCGGUGAAGGAACAGAUAAAGGCUGAUGAACAAGAUGCUAUAGGAAUUCUGGACAAGUUCGCGAAGAAUUCUCAAAUAGAAAAUCACAACGCAUACUUCUGGGAGCGAAUAUUGAACAACGAUGACCGAAGGCAACUUUCAGAGCAUGGCAUAAAUUCGAUGGAGGAUCUCCAAGCCGCAUACCAUGAAGCCGAUAUCGCAAUGACAUCGCCGCCCUUCCCUAAGCUGGAAUCCCUUGAGCCCCGAUUACAAGUUGCCCACGAAUUGCAUAAACUCAUUCCUGAACGAAUAGCUGCAGCUCGUCGUGCGAGGAGUUCCUCGACCCUGAAACGUUUCUUUGGAGGUCUCAUAUAAGUAGUAGUUUUCGGUACGGUGGUCGUAAUACAGAGCAGUAUCAAGCAGAUAAUACUGUAACAUCUAAUUGGCAGCAAAAAUACCU